UUAUUCUUUGUGAUUUCAAACACAAAUUUCAUAAACUUCAUUUGCGCCAAAUCCCUAGUCAAUCUCCCCUCCCCAUUUCCAUUCCUAAUUACCACCUUACACCCUCUAAACACGAUGGCGCCACCGGCAACCACACGGUGGCGCGCAAUCGUAUCCAUCACCCUCAUCUUCCUGUUGAUCUCCCCCUCGAUGGCUAUCUACUGCGACGAAGACGAUUGCUACGAUCUCCUCGGUGUAUCGCAGACUGCAACACAAUCGGAGAUCAAGAAAGCUUACUACAAACUAUCGUUGAAAUUCCAUCCAGAUAAGAACCCGGAUCCGGAAUCAAAGAAGCAAUUUGUUAAGAUUGCCAAUGCUUAUGAGAUUUUGAAAGAUGAAUCCACGAGAGAGCAAUAUGAUUAUGCAAUUGCUCAUCCGGAAGAGGUAUUUUACAACACAGCUCGGUAUUAUCAUGCAUAUUAUGGUCAUAAGACGGAUGCUCGUGCUGUGCUGAUUGGCCUUCUCCUGAUUAUGUCUGCAUUUCAAUAUCUGAAUCAGUGGACAAGAUACCAUCAGGCUAUUGACAUGGUCAAGAAAACCCCUGCUUACAAAAAUAGAUUACGGGCUCUUGAACUUGAACGAAGUGGAGGAGCAACAAACAAGAAGAAAGGUCACAAGCUAGAUAAAAAAGUGGAUGAAGAUCUUAGCAAAGAACUGGAAUUGCAAAUAAAAGGAGCUGAGAAGCCGUCUAUAUGGGAACUGCUAGGCAUUCGUUUUAUUCUUCUACCUUACACUAUUGGCAAGUUAUUAUUGUGGAAUAGUUGUUGGUUUUGGAGAUACAAGGUCAAAAAAACACCUUACUCUUGGGAAGAUGCUUCCUACUUGACGCAAACAUCACUUAGAGUCCCUGUUGAUGCAUGGAAAAACACCGAUGACUCAACAAAGGAAGACCUUAUUAGGAGAUGUUUAUGGAAGAAACCCAACUUGGAGAACUACCUGUCUGAAAUACGAAAAGAAUCGAAACGCCGAAGAUAGGCUGCUGGUAAGCUUUGCGCCCACAAACUCUGCAACAAUUUUGGGUAAAAUUCAACCAUCAUGUUACCAUUGUUAGAGAACGAGUUAGCUUUUCAGGGAGUCAGUUACAACUUACAAGACAACCAUACUGUACAAUCAAAUUACUACUGCCUCAAAGUCGAAACCAUUUAAUACCAGUUGGGCCUCAUUGUGACUGCAUAAUUUUGACCCCUACCUCGAGGUAAUUUCAGUUCAAAUCAAUUGUACCUUCUGGAUAUCAGUCAAGAAUCUCAUGUUCUCAAGUUAUAGUACAUUACAUUGAUAAUCACUUUAUAAUUAAUUUAUGAGUUAAAAUAUCCUGCUGAGAAUUCAACUAAGAAAUAAAGUAAUGUUCAUUUACUUUUUUU